CGUUAGCUGUCAGGAGCCGAGCGGCGGGCUGGCGGCGGGAUCCGACGUCUGCGCCAGAAUCCGGCGAACUGAGCCCAGCGCAGCAGCAGCAGCGGCAGCAGCGGCAGCCAGGGCAGCGCGGCCCCGACUCCGGCCAGGUGGUAGAGGCCAGCAGGGAGCCGCCGGCAGCCGGCCGCUCAGGCAAGAUGGGGAACCGGGAGAUGGAGGAGCUGAUCCCGCUGGUGAACCGUCUGCAGGACGCCUUUUCGGCGCUGGGACAGAGCUGCCUGCUGGAGCUGCCGCAGAUCGCCGUGGUGGGCGGCCAGAGCGCCGGCAAGAGCUCGGUGCUCGAGAACUUCGUGGGCAGGGACUUUCUCCCUCGAGGGUCGGGCAUUGUAACAAGACGACCUCUUGUGCUGCAGCUUGUUACUUCUAAAGCAGAAUAUGCUGAAUUUCUACAUUGCAAAGGAAAGAAAUUUACAGAUUUCGAUGAAGUUCGCCAUGAGAUUGAAGCGGAAACAGAUCGAGUGACAGGAAUGAAUAAAGGCAUCUCCUCUAUACCCAUUAAUUUACGAGUCUAUUCCCCACAUGUGUUAAAUCUAACCCUUAUCGACCUGCCUGGAAUAACUAAAGUGCCCGUAGGAGAUCAGCCACCAGAUAUCGAGUAUCAGAUCAGAGAAAUGAUUAUGCAGUUCAUCACGAGGGAGAAUUGUUUGAUUCUGGCUGUUACCCCAGCCAACACUGAUCUUGCAAACUCAGAUGCACUGAAGCUAGCUAAAGAAGUUGAUCCUCAAGGUCUGAGAACCAUUGGAGUCAUCACCAAACUGGAUCUUAUGGAUGAAGGAACAGAUGCCAGGGAUGUCCUAGAGAACAAGCUGCUGCCUCUUCGCAGGGGUUACGUCGGGGUGGUGAACAGAAGCCAAAAGGACAUAGAUGGGAAGAAGGACAUCAAGGCGGCCAUGCUGGCAGAGAGGAAAUUUUUUCUUUCGCACCCGGCUUACAGACACAUUGCUGAUCGGAUGGGGACCCCACACCUGCAGAAGGUCCUUAAUCAGCAACUUACCAACCACAUUCGAGAUACCCUGCCAAACUUCAGGAACAAACUACAGGGACAAUUGCUCUCCAUUGAACAUGAAGUAGAAGCCUACAAAAACUUCAAACCAGAGGACCCCACCAGGAAGACCAAAGCAUUGCUGCAGAUGGUUCAGCAAUUUGCUGUGGACUUUGAGAAGAGAAUUGAAGGGUCGGGGGAUCAAGUGGACACCCUGGAACUCUCAGGUGGUGCUAAAAUCAAUCGCAUUUUCCAUGAACGCUUUCCUUUUGAGAUAGUAAAGAUGGAGUUCAAUGAGAAAGAAUUGCGAAGAGAAAUAAGCUAUGCAAUCAAAAACAUACACGGUAUCAGGACAGGGUUGUUUACUCCAGACAUGGCAUUUGAAGCAAUAGUCAAGAAACAGAUUGUAAAGCUGAAAGGGCCUUCCUUGAAGAGUGUAGAUUUGGUAAUACAAGAAUUAAUCAACACCGUCAAGAAGUGUACCAAAAAACUGGCAAACUUCCCCAGACUCUGCGAGGAAACAGAAAGGAUCGUUGCUAACCACAUUCGUGAGCGAGAAGGGAAGACAAAGGACCAGGUACUGCUGUUGAUUGACAUUCAAGUCUCCUACAUCAACACCAACCAUGAAGACUUCAUUGGCUUCGCAAAUGCUCAGCAGAGGAGCAGUCAGGUUCACAAGAAAACCACAAUCGGAAAUCAGGGAACCAAUCUUCCGCCUUCAAGGCAAAUUGUGAUUCGCAAGGGGUGGCUCACCAUCAGCAACAUUGGCAUCAUGAAAGGCGGCUCCAAGGGAUACUGGUUCGUCCUGACGGCGGAGAGCUUGUCUUGGUAUAAAGAUGAUGAGGAGAAAGAAAAGAAGUACAUGCUUCCCUUGGACAACCUGAAAGUUCGAGAUGUGGAAAAGAGCUUUAUGUCUAGCAAGCACAUUUUUGCACUCUUUAAUACAGAGCAAAGGAAUGUAUACAAAGACUAUCGCUUCCUUGAGCUGGCAUGUGAUUCACAGGAGGAUGUAGACAGCUGGAAGGCAUCUCUGCUAAGAGCUGGAGUCUAUCCUGAUAAAUCUUUAACUGAAAAUGAUGAGAAUGGCCAAGCAGAAAACUUUUCCAUGGACCCACAAUUGGAGAGACAAGUGGAGACCAUUCGCAACCUUGUAGACUCCUAUAUGUCUAUUAUCAACAAAUGCAUCCGAGAUCUAAUUCCAAAAACAAUAAUGCACCUUAUGAUCAAUAAUGUUAAAGACUUCAUAAAUUCAGAGCUCCUUGCACAGUUGUAUUCUUCAGAGGACCAAAAUACGCUGAUGGAGGAAUCUGCCGAGCAGGCGCAGCGCCGGGAUGAGAUGCUUCGAAUGUACCAAGCCCUUAAAGAAGCCCUGGUGAUCAUCGGCGACAUCAACACAGCCACUGUGUCCACCCCUGCCCCGCCUCCGGUGGAUGACUCCUGGAUACAGCACUCUCGCAGGUCACCUCCUCCAAGCCCCACGACGCCAAGGAGGCCGACGCUCAGCGCGCCCCUCACCAGGCCCACGUCCGGCCGAGGCCCGGCGCCCGCCAUCCCCUCCCCGGGCCCCCACUCUGGGGCUCCCCCGGUCCCCUUCCGUCCGGGCCCCUUACCUCCUUUCCCCAACAGCAGCGACUCAUUCGGAGCCCCUCCGCAGGUGCCAUCGCGGCCCACUAGGGCCCCGCCCAGUGUUCCAAGGUUUGGUGCCAUGAAGGAGGAAGCUGCUGAGCCCUGAAGUCGUGGGCUAAGGGACGGACAGUUAAGCAACUUGUGUGACUAGCCUGUGUCUAAUUCCCCUGCAGUCAUGUACUGGAAACCUCCUGACUUACUCUCUCCUCAACUGCCCUCUAAAAGUAUGACUUCUUUUAGCAGCUGAGUGUCAUUUCGGGCAAAUGAUGAACUCACCUUGUGACUUCUGAUGUCAACCAUGAGCUUUCUAUUUUCCUCACCAUUCUCCCCCUUUGAAGAACAAAUAAAUAAA